AUGCAAGAAGAAGAGAAUAAGAAUUACGGGGACGAAGAGGGGGAGGUGGAAGAAGAGGAAGACGGAGAAGAAGAGGAAGCGGCAGAAGAAGAACACGAGGAGAAGGAAGAAGUGGAAGAAGAAGAAGAUGAAAAUGAAGAGGAGCAAUACGAUGCAAAACUUGUUCGCUUUUAUGCCAUGACAGCAAAGACCAGUGUGUUUCAAGACGAUGUGUCAUAUGAUGCUCGUUCAGUUCUUGUGCUCAGGUAUUCAGAUAUUCUGACGCGAAAAAUGGUUGAUCUCCAUCGUUCGACGAUGAAGAUAGCCUGCUUCCGAAUUAACAAGCAAGCAGUAAUUAAAAUUGUUAUAUGGAUGGCUUUACCCUUAAAUAUAGCUGUUUGUAGUGUGGCUGCAAUUCCAGAAGAUGCAGCAACCAGAAUAAUUUUCUUCUGUCCCACAUUGGCAAGGAGCAGGUUGACCAAUAGUGACUUUCCUGUGCUUCCAGGAGCAUCUAAGAAGAUUCCAUCAGUGUCAUUCUAG